AUGACACAGCCUGCUCGGCGCCCCACGCCCUCCACGGAAAGCGUCGAGAUCGCCUUCUUCGGAGCCGCCUCCAUCCCCGACCCGCGGUCCUCGCCGGCCACCCCGCUCCCGGACAUCGCGUUCGCCCACGCGUCGACGCCGCCGCCGCCGCCUCCGCCGGCGCCCGUGCCGCAGAAGCAGAAGCACGGCAAGAACCGGUCGCGCCCGGGGCGCCUCAUCCGGUCGGUGCGCGCCGCGUUCCGGUCGUUCCCGACCAUCCAGGCGCCGUCCUGCCGGGGCAUGCCGUCGCUGCACCACCUCCCGGGGCUCUACGGCCCCGGCGGCGCCGUCCGGAACCACUUCCACGGCGCCACGCACGCGACGGGGACGCUGUACGGCCACCGCAGGGCGCGCAUCACCAUCGCGUUCCACGAGAGCCCCGGCAGCCCGCCGUGCCUACUGCUGGACAUCGGCGUGCCCACGGCCAAGUUCAUCCAGGACGUGAGCGCGGCGGGGAUGGUGCGCCUCACCCUCGAGUGCGACAAGCACCAGCACCAGCACCACGCUGGCGACGCGCCGCCGCGGCGGCUGCUGGACGAGCCGGCCUGGGGGGCGGAGGUGAACGGCGAGAGCGUCGGGUACGCGUCGCGGCGGGAGGCGACGGAGCGGGACGAGCGCGUGAUGCAGAUGCUCCACGCCACGUCCAUGGGCGCCGGCGUGCUGCCGGCCGACAUGUCCCACCCGUCGGACGGCGAGUUCACGUACAUGCGCGUGCACUUCGACCGCGUUGUGGGGUCCAAGGACGCCGAGACGUACUACAUGCACAACCCCGAGGGCGGCGCCACCGGGCCGGAGCUCACCAUCUUCUUCAUUAGGAAUUAG